UCGAGCCUAUACCUCCGUGCAGUUUGUGUGGUACAUUAGCCAUUUCGGUCAGUAGAUCAGGUCAGCGUAAUAAAACGAGACACAGCGUGUAAUACAGAUAGUCGCUUCUUCAUAGACGCUGCAACUUGCAGCUGCACCCGCUUUCCCGCUUCUGACAAUGGCCCAGUCGCUUCUCGCGUCCUCGCUCCUCGGCGAAUCACUGCUAGCUUCGCCUUCAUCCACAUUCGCAGCUUCCGCUUCCUCCUCGCCAUCUCAACGCCCGUUCGCCUCUCCAAUCGUCGCCUCUGCGAGGCUCACGCUUUCCGUCAGCCGCCCCGGCGUUUCCUCCUUCGCACAAUCGAGCGUCAACAGCAGAAUUCAGCGAUGCUCGCACGUCGCUCAAGGCAUCCGCGCUGUUGAGAGCUUCGACACAAGCUUCGAGCUGGACCCUCAGGCCAGGGAGGUUCUCGUCUACCUGCUCUCGUCAGACGUCUUCCUCCAACAGGUGGCGAGCCAGCCUGGCGUGCCAGCUGGCAUCACAGGAACGGAGUUCACAGGCGAGCUGUUCCCGCCCGUGCCGUGGAGCCCCACCACGCGCUUUGGGAUGCCGCAGGAAUUGGAGAAGUAUAACGAGGACAAGGAGAACUACAUCAUCAUCAACGUGCCGCCCAACUUCAUGUUCAAAGCACAGAUCUUCAAGCCGUCACGUUUGUGUGCAAUCUUCAAGGUGUUGAGAGACCAACCAACGGCCACAGGACAGGAGGAUGCUGGGGAAGCCUCGUCAUAAGUGAAACUGUAGUCCUUUUUCCUCGGUAAUUCCUUACGAUGUAUUGCAUAAUGUUUUUGGUAAUCAGAAGAUUCCAAUACCAUGUCAGAACAAAUCUCAGCAUUCCACCUCUGUGGAUGUACCGCGGUAUACAGAGAUGG